AUGUCUUCCAACUGCUGUCAUGGCCCCACAGAUGUUUGCAAUGAGAACUGUGUGAGUGAUUUGGUUAUCUAUGGGCAUUCUUGUGCGAGCCUUUGUACAUCAACCUAA